AUGCUGUUCGUCUUGCACGCAAAGUGUUUCCCAUCUCUCAAACGGAUCACCUCAAACACCCUCGAGAAUCCACCCAUUCCUAUAGUCUUUGUUACCUGUGUUGCGCUGGAAUCCACCAUUAUAUCGCAUGGAAUGCCUUACCGUAAAAAAUUCCAUACAGCUCAAGAUUGUGAGAGCGAACGUGGCCGUGCCGGCAACCAUAGCCAUUUAGGCGAUGUUCCGUGCAUUGGUAUGCUUUUUGUUUUUUUAAUGCUCUAACACGUGGCUGAGCGAACAUCGGUUUCAAAGACGGCCAGCCACGACAUUCCUUACGUCAUUGCUCGUCGGGGAAAUGGAGCAACCACUGUUUCAGCAACAAUGUUUUUCGCUUCAAAGGCAGGAAUCAAAGUGUUCGUAACUGGAGGUAUUGGAGGAGUUCAUCGACAGGGUGAGUCAACUAUGGACGUGUCCUCGGACUUGACAGAACUGGGUAAAACUCCAGUUGCGGUGGUUUGUGCAGGGGUAAAAUCAAUCCUUGACAUUCCACGAACACUUGAAUACCUGGAAACUCAAGGAGUGACGGUUGUUAGCUACUCAACUGAUGAAUUUCCAGCAUUUUUUACUCCUAACAGUGGCUGUAAAGCACCUUGCCGAGCAGACAGCGUGGAGGAAUGCGCAGCCAUCAUAGAGACAAACACGAAGUUUGGAUUGGGUUCAGGCAUUUUGAUCGGUGUUCCAAUACCCGCAGAGCAUGCAGCAGCAGCUAAAAACGUGGAAUCGGCCAUACAAUCGGCACUGCACGAAGCAGAGAGCAGAGGUAUUGCCGGUAAUUCUGUGACGCCAUUCUUGCUCAAGCGCGUCAACGAGCUCACUGGAGGCCAUUCAUUGGCUGCAAAUAUCCAGCUCGUGAAGAAUAAUGCACUCGUUGGUGCGAAGAUUGCAACGGCUCUGACAACAACUUCACUAAAUCGUCUUGACACUCGGCCCCGAUUGAUUAUACUUCCCGCGGCAUGUCGCUAG